UUCGCCAAAGUGUGCAGACUGCAGUUUUGUAAACUCCGCUCAUAAAUCGCAUUAAAUUGUUAUAACUUAUUAAUAGAGUAUAUUAAAUUUGACAGAUGUAAACCGCAUUGAGAAAAACACACAGAAACGAGUUAAAAUACGGUUUUCAAAAUGAAUCGUCUGCUGCUACAAUGUCUGGUGACCACGAUUCUGGUCUACAAAGUCAUUUCGGUGCCCACCGGCCAGACGACAGUGGUGAGCGGACAGACCACCACGGAGAUACCGCAGCAGGAUGAUGACGAUGACGACUGGGACGAGGGCGAUGAUUCGCUGGAGUCCGAUGAUGAUGGGCGCGUCUAUAAGAAUCCGCGCAAUUCGCCCUCGACGGAGUGUCCGCGGGAUGAGGAGCAGGCCACGCUGCUGGGCCAGAAAUGUUUGCGCAAGUGCUCCUCGGAUGAGGAUUGCAAGAGCAAGAAAAAGAAAUGCCUAUGCGAUGGCGUCUGCGGCAAUUCCUGCAUCAAGCCGGAUCGUGAAUGUCCGGAGCUAGCGCAACCCAGUCUGGGACAGGUUACCGUGGCGGGUCGUCACUUCGGUGCUCGCGCUUCCUAUUCCUGUCCACAUGGCUACCACGUGGUGGGCCUGCAGAGCCGCCUCUGCCAGGCCGACGGCAACUGGGCCGGCGCCGAGCCAGCCUGCAAGCAAAACAUCUACUGCCUAAAGCCGCCGCAGAUUGAGCACGCACGCAACUCGGCGCUGCCGGAGCAGGAGACCUUCGACCUGGACUCAACGGUUCAAUACCAUUGCUAUACGGGCUAUGUGACCAACGGGUUUCCACGUGCCAAGUGCCUGGCCAUCGACAAUCUGGCCAGCUGGUACGGACCGGACAUUCAGUGCGAACCUCGUUCCUGUGGUCAACCGCCAGAUCCGGCCUAUGGCUGGCACGCCGGGGAAUGCUAUACGUACGGCUGCAAGAUAACCUAUAACUGCGGCACGGGCUACGAGCUGGUGGGCAAGCACGAGCGCUACUGUCAGUCGGAUGGCUCGUGGACGCCCAAGGAGCUGCCGACCUGUGUCUUGGUCACUUCUGUGGUCUGUCCCACUCCGGAGAAUCCCAAAAACGGCAAGGCCACGUACACAACGUUGGCCUACAACUCGGUUGUCAGCUACGAGUGCCGCUAUGGCUACACCUUGGUGGGCGAGAGCUCCAGCCGCUGUGGAGCCAGCGCCAAGUGGAGUGGUACCGUGCCCAGCUGCAAGGAGAUCAACUGCGGACAUCCGGGUGUGCUGUACAAUGGCUGGAUCGAGAAUAUCGAGGCGGGCACCGGCCUGGGCGCCAGCAUCAUCUUUCGCUGCCAGCCGGAAAUGCUGAUCAACGGAUUGGGCUCGAGUGUCUGUCAGAUCGAUGGACGCUGGCGCAACGCCUUGCCCGAGUGCCUGGCGCCUUGUGUGGUGCCCACCAUAUCGCAGGGCUUCGUCAUACCCAUUGAGAUAACAACCGAUGAGAAUGGGACUACGAUAGUCGCCGCCACGACGACCACAACGCAAUCGCCCACCCAGAUUGUGGGCGGCGUGGAGAAGGUCAGGCACGGCACAGCGCUGGAGGUCAAGUGCGAUGAGAACUAUGAGUUUCCCGUAUCGCUGCUGAGUCCGCCAACCUGCAACAAUGGCACCUGGAGCAUCAUACCACGUUGUGUGCCGGCACGCUGCAAGAGCAUGCCCAAGCCGCCGAAGCAUGGCAUGGUGAUGGCUCCGAAGACGGAGCACGGCAUGAAGGCGAGGUUCAAGUGCAAGGAUGGCUUCAAGCUGGUCAGUCCCGAGGGCAGGGACAUCACCGAUCCGCACGACUAUGUGCUAACGUGCUCCUUCGGCAACUGGACCGGCGAGACGCCCAAAUGCGAUGAGGUCUUCUGCUCGUUUCCGGGCUACAUACCCAAUGGCAAGGUGCUGCUCGUCGGCAAUAUGGGACUCUACGACUAUCGUCCGUAUGUCAAGAAGAUUGUCAACAACAAGCAGAUCAUGUACGACUGCGACAAGGGCUACGUCCUGGAGGUGGGACCGCCCGGCGCCACCUGUGUCGGCGGCAAAUGGCGUCCGUUAGAUCUGCCGCAGUGUCUACUUGGCCAGCAUCCGCGUUUGCGCUGGAAUCGUCGCCGCCGGCGCUCCUUGCAGCUGCGCCAGCUACGCUCCGUCUAUCUGCUGCGGCGUCAGCGCCAGCUCCAACGCCAACUGGACGAGCACAAGGAAAUCGCACGGGCGGCUGGGACGUCGGGUGAGCGCGUUAAGCGCAGCGCCUAUCCCAAUCCCAAUCCGAAUCCGUCGGACAUUGAUGUGGCCUACUCGAAGUACUAUCAGAAGAUCAAGGAGCGCUACCUGCGCUAUGUGCGCAAGAUUCUGGGCCACAAUCGCCUGUACAAGCCGGUGCACGUUCAGGACGGACGCUGGUAUAACCAGUACAACAAUCCGGAGCUGGUCAUGAUGCGCAAGGCCACCCACAAGUGGCGCAAUGCAGCCGACGGCGAUGACUACGGCGACUUGAACGAGUAUCGUGGCGGUGUCCUCACCUUGCCCAACAUAAAUCAGAGCUCGCGUUACCGCUCGUCGCACAGCUCCAAUGAGGCACCCGCGCCCGCAGCCGGACGCCAGUUGUCCAGGAAUACGACACGCGCCCUAAUCGAACAGCUUAAAUCUCAGAUUGUGCGUCGUCGCCGCAAGCGCAGCAGCUCCACGGCGUCCUCAUCCGCCACGCUGCCCGACGCCGACCUGGAUACGAGUGAUGGCGGCGAGGCGAGCAGGGCUGCCGGCGGCAAGCGGCUGCGUGGUCCUUGCGAGGAUCUCGACUGGGAUUCGUUUGCCAAUAUAACCACGGUGCGGCCGGGUAAGGCGCCGGGCAGAAACUCGGUAGGGAUUAUGCUGCAUCUGGAAUGCAAUGCGGGCUUCAAGCUGAACAUCAAAGGCGAGAAUGCGACGGCGCGUUGCAUCCGCGGCAUCUGGAAGCCGGAUACGCCCAAGUGCAUGUCGGCCCCGUGCCUGGUGCCGGCCGUGGAGCACGGCAAGUACUACAAAGUGGAGCCGCACACCAAGGAGCUGAGCGAUACGCCCUCCCUGACGCUACUCUCCACCUACGAGGAGAUCCAGUCCAAUGAGUUUAUAACUCUCGAAUGCGAGGAGGGAUUCAACAUUCAGGGAUCCGCCCAGUUGCGUUGCGCCCAUGGCUCCUGGUCUGUCAACGCCUUCUCGGAAUGCACCUCCCUGCCGUGCACGCUGCCCAACAUACCCGGCGUCAUCUACGAGGGCGGCUAUCGCGCUGGCCUCACCAUUGGCCACGGCAGCACGGUCAGCGUUCGCUGUGAACUGUCCACCAAUGCCAAUCCCAUCGAGAUGUCUUGUCUGAAGGGCGUCCUCACGCCGCCCAGUAUACCCUGCGAGUCGGGCCUACGCAAAUCACGUGAGGAGCUCGAACAUGCCACGCCCACUUCCACAACGCACACUAAAAUCGAGCACGAGCUGGAUGAGCUGCAACAUCUGCACGAUAACAACACCGAUGACCACGGAGAUGAGCUGAAAAUGUGCGGCCAUCCCAGCUUGACGGACGGCGCCCUCGUCUACAAAAACGCCGACCAUGCGGAGAUUGAUCCCGCCUACGAGAGCGGCACAGAGAUCUACUUCAAUUGCAUACCCAAUGCUGCCGGCGAUCGUCAGACCUGGCGCAUCAUAUGCGACAACGGGCAGUGGGUGGGACGCUCCUACAACUGCGAGAACGGCACGUGCUUGUUUAAGAACAACGAAGCGAAUGUGGUCAGCUUUUACAAUGAUCUGGAAAUUAGAGAGGACGUCGUCGAGUUUCCCCCAGGUGCUACUAUUAUAUCCAGAUGCGUGGAUAUUGGCAAGUUCUCGAUGACGGGCAGCCACGACCGGACCUGCAUACACUCGGAGUGGACCAACACGAAGCCCGUGUGCUCGGGCCUCAAUCAGGAAAAUGAUUAUGCCAUGGAGAAGGCGCCCACCAUACUGUUUCGCCAUCAGAACGGACCCAUCGCCCAGAGCAACGAUGGCAAGCUCAUUGUCUAUCCGGGCACCACGCUACACAUGGAAUGCCUGUGGAUGCGCCGCUUUGGUAAUCCCAAGUGGAAUGUCAGUCAUGUCUACAAAAACUAUACGGAGGGCUGGGUGACGGAGGCGGAUGAGGGACGAGAUUCAACGCUGGAAUAUCGCCUGAGCAUAUUCGAUGCGGUGGCCGAGGACUCUGGCACCUACGCCUGCAUGACACCCGCCCGACAUGAGCACGCCGUUGAGGUGGUCGUCAAGGAAAUUAAUUGCCCAGAGAUACCCAUACGGCGCGGUUUGAUAGUCAAUACGAACGAUACGAAAUUGAGCACACGCGUGCUGUUGUCCUGUUCCAAUGGCAACUCGUUGAUUGGCGCAUCGGAGCUGUUUUGUUUACCCAGUGGCAAUUGGAGCGCGCUGUUGCCGGUUUGCGAGAGCGUGGAGUGCGGCGAUAUACCGCUGAUGCCGAAUAAUGUUAGCUCACCGCGCGUUUCCGUGCUGUCGCGUGAGGUGGGCGGACGGGCGGCAUUCUCCUGCGCCACGGGUUACGGAUUGCGCGGCCCAUCUGAGGCCAUCUGUUUGCCUACGGGCGAAUGGGCGACACCGUUUCCAACCUGUGUCGAAGUGCAAUGCGAUAAUCCUGGUGCGCCGCAAAACGGUUACGCCCAGGGCUCGGCACCAUAUCGUGCCGGCGAUGUGGUCCAAUUCAAUUGCAACCCGGAAUACAUGAUGCAAGGUCAGCCAAUAAUUGCCUGUCAGGAUAACGGACGCUGGUCGGGCGGUUUGCCCAAAUGUGUGCAGGCCUGCUCGUAUCCGGGCACCGCCAUCAGUGGUCGCAUGUCCUCGGUCAAGUUCUACUAUGCCAUUGGCGAGAGCAUUACCUUUACCUGCGAUGCAGGCCUCGAGCUGCGCGGCUCAAAGGUUCUCAAGUGCAUGAAGAAUGGAAAAUGGUCGAGCGCUAUACCGACUUGUGUGGCAAAUGAUGGGCCCGCCGGCGCCGUCGGUACUAAUAAGCAUUUGGCAACCAUGGGUUAAGCGGAGUUUGAAUUGAGUUUAAAAUCAAAGUGAUACUAAUACAUAUGUACUUACUAAUGCACAUUCAAAAAAACAGACACGUGUAUACUAAUUGUGACAUGUACUUGCAAUUCAACAAUAAUUGUAUUUGUAAUUGUCUUGCGUCGUCAUUUUACUAUCAAUAAAUGUUCAGUCAAAUAUAAUACAAA